AUGCCGCGCUUAGAAGCUAGGCUACCGAGAGGGAAUAUCUCCUAUGUCGACACGAUUUUAACAAAGGAGAAACCACUACCCCGCUUUCAGUGGAAGAAUGUGCUGUGGGAAAUACAAUGGAUUUCAUUCAUGGCCCUAGCGCUCCCACCGCUCAUUGCUUUGUACGGCUUUGCGACGUACCCGGUACAGCGCGCCACACUUUUAUGGUCUAUUACAUAUUAUUUCUUGACUGGAUUGGGCAUCACUGCUGGAUACCACCGACUAUGGUCUCAUCGUGCGUAUAGCGCGUCCGAUCCGCUACAAGCCUUUUUGAUGUGCAUGGGUUCUGGCGCUGUAGAAGGAUCCAUUCACUGGUGGGCCCGUGGUCACCGUUCUCACCAUCGCUACACGGAUACGGAUCUGGACCCGUAUGGUGCACACACAGGUCUUAUAUGGGCACACCUUGGCUGGAUGAUUGUCAAGCCACGUCGGAAACCCGGUCGCGUGGAUACAUCCGAUUUAAAGAUGAAUAAAUUCAUCAAAUUCCAGCACCGUUUCUAUGUUCCGAUGAUUCUAUUUUGGGGCCUCGUUUUCCCUACCAUUGUUGCUGGCUUUGGCUGGGGCGACUGGAAAGGUGGGUUCUACUUUGCAGGCAUUGCGCGCCUAGUUUUUGUACAUCAUUCCACCUUCUGCAUCAACUCGCUGGCGCACUACCUUGGCGAGGCGUCAUUUGACAACAAACACAGCCCUCGUGAUAACUUUAUCACCGCACUGGUCACCAUUGGUGAAGGAUACCAUAACUUUCACCAUGAAUUCCCGAUGGAUUUCCGAAAUGCAAUUUUCUGGUACCAGUACGAUCCGACCAAAUGGUUUAUUUGGUCCAUGUUUAAGCUGGGUCUUGCCUCGAAUCUCAAAGUGUUCCCUGAGAACGAGGUGAACAAGGGCCGCUUGGCGAUGCAGUUGAAGAAUGCGCUCGAAUUCAAGGAGACGCUGGAUUACAGCAAACCGGCAUCCGAGCUCCCCAUCUUGACAUGGGACGAAUUCGAAGCAGAAGCAAAGAAGCGUCCUCUUAUUGUUGUUCACGGCUUCAUCCACGAUGUUGCAGACUUUAUGGAUGAGCACCCGGGAGGCCGUGCCUUGAUUAGUUCGCGUCUAGGCCGCGACGCGACCACCGCAUUUGAAGGAGGCAUCUAUGAGCACUCUAAUGCAGCACAUAACCUUCUCUCGAUGAUGCGCAUUGGUGUAUUAUCGGGAGGAUACGAGCCUGCAAAGAUCAGGCCUUCGCAUAUCCGCACGCGCUCGCGCACUGAUUCCGGCUUUGCUAGCAGGUCCACCUCGCAGGGUUCUGCAAGUGACUCGGACUGCGUCGAUGAAUCCACACACGACGAGGUGUCGCACAAAGAUGGCGAAAUUGCACGCGCAGCGUCACAAUACGUCCCGCCGGGCGAAGCAUACGAUAUUCUUCAACACCGAGAACUUGGAGAGAAUGUGAAGAUGGAAAGCACCUCGUACGGAAAACUAUUCUGA